AUGCUCAUUGUGGGACUCACUGGAGGCAUUGCCACCGGCAAAUCGACCGUGUCCAAGCUGCUCAAAGACAAGCAUGAUCUCACCAUUGUGGACGCAGACGUGAUUGCACGUGAAAUCCUCGAACCGGGCCAGCCAGCAUACAAGAAGGUGGUGGAGCAUUUCAAGGGCCAGGUGACAGAUCUGUUUGUGCCCGACUCGGACAAGGGCCAGGGCGCAGCAAUCAACCGGCCGGCGCUUGGACGUGCUGUUUUCGGCAAGGAAAACGAAAAGAACCGCCUCUUUCUCAACUCAGUGACCCACCCGGCCGUCAGGAAGGCAAUUGUGUGGCAGGUGUUGAGCGCCUGGAUCUGGGGCAACCGGCUGGUGGUGCUGGAUAUCCCGCUUCUGUUUGAGAGCAAGCUCGACCGAUACUGUGGGAUGACGGUUGUUGUGUCGUGCUCGGACCCGAUCCAGGUGGAACGGCUUAUGAAGCGAGACGGCUCAGACCGAGCCGACGCCGAAAAGCGAAUCGAGUCGCAAAUGUCUGUCCAGGAUAAGAAGAAGCUAGCCGACAAGGUGCUUUCCAACGACGGUACGCUGGCCGAGCUGGAGCUGCAGGUCGAUGAUCUCGUCAAGACCAUCACUCCCGGCAUCAUCUGGACUUUUCUCACCUGGAUUCCUCCCAUUGGUCUCGCUAGCGCACUCUGGACCUACGUGGACAGAAACUACAUUCGGUCAAAGUUGUAG